GCAAGCCGCUGGUGCGUUAUCUGCAGCGUGCAAGCGUUCCGGUUUAAUCCCAAAAAAAACGCUGGAACGAGAGAGUUACUUUAAAAUACGCUGUAUUUUAAACCGAAACCACAACCGACCAUACCACACAAUGCAUGGCUGUCACUGACAUUUCAAAGAAUUUAAAAAGUAUGCAGUAAACACAAAGCGUUUAACGCUGCACUGCAUUCGAACUCCGAAACUCCAGUAACUGAUUGAGAACUAGUCACCACCCCGCCCUUCUACAGAGACAAACCGGUCCAAGCAGAAAACUCUCCACAGACACAUCACAGCGGCCGCUUACAGGUGAAUGGGAAAGUUUGCUGCUGUUGUCGGACAUGUCUUCUAGAAGAAUACACGUCCAGUAAUUUAUCUGGAAAAAGCUUUUUCAUUUUAGUUGAAGUGCAUUUUCAUCUGCAGUCACGAUGGAGCAAAAGAAGAAAAUCUGGCCCAAUCUCCGUGACAGAGGCAGGUUUAAUCUGAAGAUCGGAAAGAAGGGUCUGGGGAAGAAGAAAAAGACCCCUCUGAAAUACAGGAGGAGUAUGUCAGUACCAGACCUCAGGAUUAAUCCCAGUGCCAUGAUGGAUUUGCAGGAUGAUUCCAGGACGCCAGGUCAAGAGACCAUCUUCUUUGGAAACGUGGAAGGUUCAUGUGACCUGGAUGAAACGGGAAGCGAAACCUCCAGCAUUGCCUUAUCUGAGCGGUUAAGUGUCGCUGACUUGCCAUACUCCUGUAGCCCCGCGCCGUCAGAGAGAUCAGCUCCUGUUGACUUUCCAGUUUUAUUAGAAACCGACAAGCGGCAAAGAGCCACGACGUGGUACAUAGAUGAUUUAGAUGCAGUGACCGGACCUGUGUAUCCACCUACAGAAAGACAGGUGGCACCUGAAAGAAAAUCGCCUGGUCAGAGACUAAAAGACCCCACAGACAGACUGGCUGCGGCCCUCGGUAGAGUCGGAGCGGGAAGACAGACGCCUCCUUCACGAGGUUCAGACGAAAUGUCUACACUGACCACCACGGAGUCGGUCAGCAGUAUUCCACCUGAGGAGAAAUGUCCUGCCGAGUACCAGCCAUCCUCUCCGCUGGAAAUGUUCAUUGCAGGGUCAGCUGAGGACAUGGACAUUCCCAAUGAAACCAGUGACUUUGAUGCACUCGCAGAACAAGAACAAAAUUUUCCAGCAGGAUUAAAUGACAGUCAGAGUGCUUCAGGGCUGCAGAAGGUCCAGUACCUCCUAGCCAUCAACCUAAAGGAAGGAAAAAACCUGGUAGUCAGAGACCGCUCAGGUACAAGUGACCCGUUUGUCAAAUUCAAAUUAGAUGGCAAGAACAUCUACAAAAGCAAAGUUGUGAACAAGAACCUGAAUCCCAUUUGGAAUGAAUCGUUCUCCUUUUCCGUCAGAGACCUCGAUCAGGUUCUUCAUCUUAAGGUAUAUGAUCGAGACCUCCGAUCCAAUGACUUCAUGGGUUCAAGCAGCAUUCCUCUCUGUAAACUGGAGUUGGACAGAAUAAUCCCCAUGACGCUACCUUUGGAGGACCCUAACAGUGCAGAGACAGAUAUGGGAGCGAUCGUUCUAGAGGCAUGCCUGUCCGUCCGAGAGGAACCUGCCAAACGAAAUAAGUGGCUACUGAGAAGAAAGGGAAGCUUUAAUAAGGUAUGUCAUUUCAUAUAGCAGCCAUAUACAUUUUGUUUAAGUGUUCCAUCAGACGACAAGAAUGAAAACGUUACCAGAACGAAAUAGACAGAAUACACACUACUUUAUUACAAAUAUCACAGCUUUAUAACACAUCUGUCCACUGGAGGGCAGUAGAUCCUCACCAUCUUCCCCCACAGACACUUGGCCGAUGUUAUGCACAACAUUUAUGCAAGUCUCUCUCAUUUACUUUCACUUAGUUCAAAAUUCCAAAACUUCAACAGAGCGAGAAACUUUUGUUUUGCGGCUGCGACUGUCUGAUGCACUGAACCAAUCCGCGAUUUCCAAAGAAAACGCAUCAGUGUGAUUUAAACAAAGCGCAAGUCUGUCUUGCAUUUUGUGCAGGUCAGCUCUAAGAUGAGGGUUUAUUUACCUCACAGCGGUUGGCAAAUAGCUUUUAUUGUUCAAGGCCGUUCAAAGUUUGCAAUUUAAGAUUUCUCUGAAAUCUCUGCCACAUUCUACUGUAGAGCGGGGUGUGGAGAAUUUGCUUUUAGCACACUGUAUUUAUGAGCAGCAUUGAAUUUGAUAUGUCACACCGAAGCUGUAAAGAACAAAAGUCCGUGUGUUAUAUAAUUUAUAGCCCAUUUGACAAUGCGUAAUAUUAAUGAGAAAGAGUUUUACAAGUUUAGAAAGUUUUCUCUUGUUAGUUUGUAAACAAAGUCUCGUCUUAAAAAGGUGAACGUUUUAUAGAAAUAAAUGUCACUCCAAAAUUUAAAUAAAAUAAAUUAUUUAACGGAUAAAUAAAGAGACAGACAGACAAACAGAAAGAAGUAAUUUUGUGUAAGCACAGUAAAGGCUAUUUAUUGAUAUAGAUAAAAAUGUAGUAAUAAAAACAUUUUAUUUAUUUAUUUAUUUUUUGCUUUAUUCAAAUUUUUAUUUUAGUGGAAACAUACAGAGGUUUUCAGUAGUUACAGACUCUGCAUGUUUAUAUAGUGUUCCUUUGACUAUUCUCACA